UAUAUGGUUUACAUUGUUGCCGUGUACCAACAAAACCGUCGAAAAAUCCCCAACUAAUUCAUAACUAACAUAACCACACUCUUUUUUUUUGUUAUUUUUUUAAUUUAAAUAAAUAUUGUGCAAUGUCCGCCUACGAAUUAGAAUUCGCUUGCUUAAUACCAAAAUCAAAAUCGGAAGACUUGACCCAAGAGCCCUUCUUCACCUACAAGUCGACCGAAUAUAAAAAGACCUUACGUUUCCGAAUACCGGCCUGCAAACCGAUAACAUCCCGCUUGGGAAGGUUCUGGAAUUGGAUGCGCUUUGUAUGGUCUCACAGUCGUUCCAGAAAAUAUCGCCGAAUUUGCUACACUUUUGUAUUAUCAGUCUUGAUCAUUUUCUUGACGACCGUCUACAUAGCCACGCCUUUGCUCUUCAAAUUCUCGUCGUCAGUUCGUCGACACGUAAUUUUCAGUCCGACUGUUGCCCCUCACGGCUCCUUUAACGAGGUGAUAGAAAUUUACACCGAUUACAAUUCGAAGACGUUAUACAAACCCAAAAAUCUAUACGUCGCGGUUAACAAAGAGGGUAGCGCUCGAUUGGGAGUUUGGCGUUUGUCGCAACACGCAAUUAGACCAUCGUCCGGCGGGUACAACCGACAGUUGCCCGUCGACAACGUCACCACUAAUAACUAUCUGCUGUACUUUCACGACGGCUACGGGAAUCGACGCGACUACAUUACGGAUUAUUCGAAGUUAUCUUAUUUAUUUAACGUGAUCGCCUUUGAUUAUCGAGCAUACGGCGAUUCGUACGAUGGCAGCUUAAACGAGGAGGGGCUCGUGCGUGACGGCGUGCAGCUGUACAAGUGGUUGCGUUCGCAGGUGAACGCCAGCAUCUACUUUUGGGGAGACAAUUUGGGGUCCGCGAUAGCCGCUCACACGGUAGCUCAAUUGGAGAGGGAGAAUCUGUAUCCGUGCGGAAUUCUGUUGGAAAACGGGUUCACGACGAUGGGAGAACAGUUGGGGUACUCCUGGUUUAUCGCGCGAAUGAAUUGGUAUACGCCUUGGUAUAAAACCGUUAUAACGGACACGCUGGCCGAGAACGAUCUUUCUUUUAAUACCAACAAGCACUUAAAUGAAAUCAGUUGUCCCAUUCGCUUUUUGGAGUGGGAGUAUCAUAGAGCGAAACGUUUUAAUGUGAAGACAUCGUACGAUGACUACUAUUCCCAAGGCUUCUUAUUGAAUGCAAAGAAUGCGAUCAGUUUUAAUCGCUAUUAUAAGACUGAAAGGGUUUGGACUGACCAGAACUUUUUGAGGUCAUUUGUCAAGGACGGCAGGAGCCACUGUGACUCUAAGAAACUAUAGCAAUGUUAAGUGUACUUUUUUGUUUUUAAUUCUUUAAAUAAAUGUCUAUUCUUACAAUUGCAAAACACA